AUGCACGAUCAGCGGAAAGUACGCCAGGAAUUUGAUGAAAAGACGCGGGAGCAGCGGCUCGCUGAAGUGCAGGCGUUCACUUCCGCCUAUGGCUCCCUACUGAGGCAACGCGAUAAUCGCGUCUACUCGGAGGCGGUCCUGCAGCAGCUCUCGGAGCUUCUUCAAAAGAACCCGGAGGCGUACUCGAUGUACAACUACCGACGCAUUGCGUUGCUGCAUCUCUGGGGAAAAAUGCGGGAGCAGCGGGAGGAGAAAGUGGAGCCCGCCGACGCGAUCGAAAACACCACACAAGUGGUGGGCGACACAGCGGCAGGAGGGCUCCCCUCGUCGCAGAGUGACGAAACGAAGCAGCACGCCCCACAAGGGGAGAUUGAGUGGUUGAAGGAAGAACUGAAGCUUAGCUCAAUGAUACUUGUUAGUGACUACAAGGUGUACGCCGCGUUUAUGCACAGGCGCUGGAUUUUUGCGCAGCUCGAGCGACUUGCCAAGGAUGCCCUUUUUGCUAACACUGCCACAAACACUGCCGGUGUUGCUGUGCAAAGCGACUCUGAUCGUGUGGAGUGCCCGGAGGAGUUGCGAUUCUGGUCGUCCGCGCUAAUGAAAGAAAAGAAACAGUGCGAUAUGCUGCUUGCGGCCGAUGAACGCAACUUUCACGCGUGGAACUACCGCCGCUGGAUUUUACGUGAAAUUGCGCGGAUGGAACAACUCCUCGCGCAGUAUUCCAUCGAUCUCAACGCCUCCGCCUCCAAGAACACCGCUGAGGGAGAGGCUCCCGCUAUGAAACAAGAAGAAGAAGAAGAACAACAACAACAACAAAAGCAGAAGCCACAGCCACGCGCUCGUAGUGGUGGUGACAAUGGGGAACCGUGUGGGUCGUUUUUCAUUCCUGAAGAGCUGAAGGAGAUGAAGUUCACCACCACGAUGUUGCGGCGAAACUUCUCCAACUACAGCGCGUGGCAUCAGCGUGGAGUGAUCAUUAACACGGCGCUUCAACGCCUACAGGAAAAGUCUGAAGACGAUGUUACGCGUGAUGUUGCAUUGAGGGAAGCAUGGGGGCAGCUGGAGGAGGACCUGGAGUUUUUCAUUACCGCGGUCUACUGCGAUCCGGCUGAUCAAUCGGCGUGGUACUACGUUCAGUUUCUCAUUCGGUCAGCUGACACUCUAGAACGCAUCUCGCCUGCGCACCAUGCGGUGCGUAUCGAGUUCACAACGCGUCCUAUUCAGGCGUGUAUAGAACUUCUGGGCGAAGAAAAGCGACUGGGUGAUGAGGCAGAGGCGUACUGGCCUCGCUACUACCUUUUCACCGUGCUACUUUCUUCCUUUGGUGCCGGUAACAGCAACACUGACGGAAAGGACAAGGCGAGAGCGGCAGUGACGGCCUUUGCAAGUGAAAUACGUGGAGUAUUAUGUCCUAAUGAUUCGCCCGGUGAAAGCAGGGAGAUUGAGGAAGAUUGUGUAUGGUGUCUGCGGGAACUUGCCUCAGAAUUGGUGCGGGCGGACCCUCUGCGUGCUGGCAUGUACAAAGGCCUACUUGCGACAGUCACCAGUUGA